AAAAAGGGCAACUUCUUUCCACACAGCCGACUGAGGAGUGUAGUUAGGAGGCGUGGUUUGUGAGUGUUGUGGGCGUGGUGUACGUUUGUGAUGGGCGUGGUUUUGUCGAGUAGUCUAAUCACAGAGAGACUCGGACGCAGAGACGUGCGCGCAGGGGAGUACACAGGAGAGUGAGUUCAGACUGAGACCGAGUCUGGCGUGGAAACGUUGAGAAACUAAAGUGGGUUUUUGAUAACGUGUGGAGAGAGAGAGAGAGAGAGACAGAGAGAGAGAGAGAGAGAGAGAGAGAAGCAGCAGCAGCACCUGAAACCUGUUGCGGUGAAGCGGAGCGUCAGUGAGGAACAAGCCGCGCUCUGAAGAGCUUCAGCGGCUUUAAACUCAACUCUUUGUGCACAUACUGGAUUAUUUCACCUGUCAUGACGAACCUGCAGGAAAGCCUGAAGGAAAUAGUCACCUAAAAUUCCACUUAGAUAACGCUAUUAAAGGAAAAUGAACUUUAAACUGAAUGAUUUACUCUGAGGAGGGAGUGUGUGGAAGUGCUGCUCUUCCGGACAGUGGUGUGUGUGUGUGUGUGAAACGUGCUCGCGCGCCUGGACCAAAGUGCACUCUGGCUCUGGAAUGAAACUGAGCUGUGAUUUACGACGCUGUGGACUGUGGAUAUGCUGCUGGAGCAAUUACGGCUUCCUUCAGGGAUUUCUUCUUUCCGAAGGCUAGCAAUAAAUUAGAAACAGGGUCCCGAGCUGAGAAAACACUCAGAGUAACGUUCUUUUUGUCUCCUAAUAUUUGUGCCUGAAGUUAGUGGUCCUGGGGACAUUUGGCCAUGGGGAAGCCUCCUGCCUCUGCUGGGGUGUUUGGGCUGCUUGCUUUGCUUGUCUCACAGCUGCCACAUCUGGCCCUUACAGCCUCCAAGGACAUAGUGUGUGAGCCCAUCACGGUGCCCAUGUGCAAAGGCAUUGGCUAUAAUCUCACCUACAUGCCCAACCAGUUCAAUCAUGACACGCAGGAGGAGGUGGGAUUAGAGGUGCAUCAGUUUUGGCCUCUGGUUCGGAUACGUUGCUCUCCGGAUUUGCUGUUUUUCCUUUGCAGCAUGUACACCCCUAUCUGUCUCCCAGACUACAAAAAGCCUCUGCCGCCGUGCCGUUCUGUCUGCGAGAGGGCCAAGAAGGGCUGCUCGCCUCUUAUGAUCCAGUAUGGUUUCGAGUGGCCUGAGCGUAUGAGCUGUGAGCAGCUCCCCAUGCUGGGUGACCCGGACCGGCUGUGCAUGGAUCAGAACAAUAGUGAGACCACCACUCUGUCGCCCUCGUUCCCCAAACCUACCCCCAAGGGCCCGAACAGGCACCGAUCCACAGCCAAAUCUGGCACGCCUCAGAAGUGUGACCGUGAAUGCCGCUGUCGCGAGCCUUUAGUCCUUAUCAAAAAAGAGGCUCAUCCAUUGUACAACCACGUGCACACAGGCUCACUGCCCAACUGUGCUCUUCCUUGCCACCAGCCCUAUUUUUCACAGGAUGAACGUGCUUUUACAACCUUCUGGAUCGGUUUGUGGUCUGUACUUUGCUUCAUCUCCACCCUCACCACUGUGGCCACAUUCCUGAUCGACAUGGAGCGCUUUAAGUACCCUGAGCGGCCCAUCAUUUUCCUGGCCGCCUGCUACCUCUUUGUGUCACUGGGCUACAUUGUGCGCUUGCUGGCGGGCCAUGAACGGGUGGCGUGUGGUGGCUCUGGAGACCAGCAGCACAUCCUGUAUGACACCACAGGCCCGGCCCUAUGCACACUGGUCUUCCUGCUCAUCUACUUCUUCAGCAUGGCUAGCUCCAUCUGGUGGGUGGUGCUGUCGUUCACCUGGUUCUUGGCCGCAGGAAUGAAGUGGGGAAACGAAGCCAUUGCUGGCUACUCACAGUAUUUUCAUUUGGCAGCGUGGCUGGUGCCCAGCGUCAAGUCUAUCGCUGUUCUGGCCCUCAGCUCUGUAGAUGGAGACCCUGUUGCUGGUAUCUGCUACGUGGGCAACCAGAGUCUGGAGAGCUUGCGGGGCUUCGUGCUAGCACCUCUAGUCGUCUACCUCUUCUCCGGGUCACUCUUCCUGCUGGCUGGUUUCGUGUCGCUCUUUCGGAUCCGCAGCGUCAUCAAGCAGGGUGGCACCAAGACGGACAAACUGGAGAAGCUGAUGAUUCGCAUCGGCCUGUUCACCGUGCUCUACACUGUGCCAGCCACCAUCGUGGUGGCAUGCUUAGUCUAUGAGCAGCACUACCGGCCCGGCUGGGAGCAGGCGCUGGCCUGCACCUGUCCCUCCGAACGCCAGCAGCUCGGUCUGGGGCCUGAAUACGCAGUCUUCAUGCUUAAGUACUUCAUGUGCUUGGUGGUAGGCAUCACCUCUGGCGUGUGGAUCUGGUCAGGAAAGACAGUGGAGUCAUGGCGGAGGUUUGCGGCACGCUGCUUCCCGUGCAGGGCCAGAAAGCCGCCUGCCUCAGCUUCCUCUAUGUACAGUGAAGCUAGCACGGCACUAACUGCUCGAGCCGGAUCAGCACCGCCCGCAUCCUACCACAAAUCAGCUCCACCAUCGCAUGUCUGAGCAGUGCCCAGCUACCACGCAAACAGGUCCACCUGGAUUUAACAUGAAGGAUCUUAACAAACUGUUGUCUCUUAAGUAGCUAAGUGCUUCUGUUCUACGUACACGGAUAAAAUAUGAUCAGUUGGAAUCUAGACUUCUGAAUGGAAAAGAGGAAGAAAAACAAUUAAGGAAUUAACUGGAGAAUGAUCUCCUGGCUCAAGCAAUGCUGGAAAAGAAAUCACAGGAGCUACAAGACACGCUGUCCUACUUAACGAUUCUUGUGGGCAUGUUAUUUAUUUGUGUAUGUAAAUAUUUGUUCCUUUCACAUUGUGUUCUACAGGGAAUGCCCCAGCUGUGUGUGUUUAUGCUUUUAUAAUGGAAACCAGAGAUGGAAUAUUUUCACCAUAUCGAGACCUUGUUUAAUUUUAAAUUCCACGUCCAGUCGUCAAAUGUGUUUUGCUGGUAAAUGAUAAGUGCUGUGGUGAGUUUGUUUGGAAAUACACAAAUCCUCCUGUAUGUAAUUGUGAAAAGAAUUUAGAAAUGAUGGGAAAACAAUGGAAAAUUUUAAGUCUGUCAUUUAAGCUCAUGCAUGGUAAGACGAGCAAUUACAUUUACUGAUUUUGUAGCAUGUUGUUUUGUGCAUGGUUCAUUAUCAGUUGGCUCCACGAGAUGAAUUUGAUAUCAAUUAAAGAUAAAAUUAUACAGACUUUUAGAACUCUGUUAUAAUGUUUUAUCCCAAAAAAUUUGUGAUUAGAUAAAAUGUAUAAAUCCUAAAAUAGGAGUUGGACAGAAAACUCUUUUGCCUGGAAAUCGAGACCUUUCGCCGAUCAAACUGACAUCACUAAGCUUGACACCCACCUGGUGGUCAUUUGUGUUCAGUCUGUCAUGUUGUUAAAAUGUAUUUGGGUAAGCUGGACUGCACACUUCAUCCCUGAUUUAAGACUGUAAAUCGGAUGCAUAUCAGUUUACAUACUUCUAAUAGACUUGUCUCAGUAAUUAGGGAUAUCAGACUUCUUGGACAGUUCUCCUGUCUGAGCCUAUCCUGUGUGAAGCUAAAAUUCUUCAGGACCUGUGUGUGUGUGUGUGUGUGUGUGUGUGUGAUGUGUCAUGAGGCGGUUGUAGAUCCGAAUAAACGUUUGUUCUUAUAAAGCACUCAAAUGAGGUAAUAUUACAAUUUUAGGAUUCUUUUACUACGAUGCUCUUAAUUUAAUUGUCCAGACGGUUUAGACAGCAUUUUCUUUUCAGUCUUUUGCAUUGUGCUGCUUAACUUCAUCCCGACCAUACCGGUAAUCCGAGAGUCUGAUCCGACAACAUUAUCAUUUCAUGUUUCUAUGUGAGUGUACAUAUUUGUUUUGCCCUGUGUGUGUAAAUCAUGUAAUGGGCAUUUCUUUUUAACAGCCUGCACUGCAGCUUUGCGUGUAAAUACUUUUUCUUAAACAAAAUGUCGAUUCAUUGCUGAGAUUUUUAAAGAAGAUUUAGAUAUUUAUGAAAACUGGAGUGUUGUGUUGCAUUGGUUUCUCUUAUUUGUAGAGAAUAAAACUGUGGAGCAAUCUGUGAA